AUGGGAAGAAGAUUCCGAGGCCCUCUCAAAAAGGCCAAAGAAGUCGAGAUCCCAGAAGAGGCUGAACAAGAUGAAGGUGCUAGUGGCAAGACCGAUCAAAAGAGCAACAAUGGUUCUGUCAAGCAAGACGAAGAAGAGGAAGAGUACUACUAUGAGGAAGAGUAUCCAGAGGAUAAGUACAGACAGUUGGAGGAACGGAUGAAGGCUGUGGAAAUCCAAAAGGUGUCAGGGAUAGACUUUGAGGAAUUAAGGCUCAUCUCAGGAGUCGUGAUCCCUCCAAAGUUCAAGACUCCGACCUUUGCAAAGUAUGACGGAGUCUCUUGUCCCAAACUGCACCUAAAAUCAUAUAGUAUGUCCAUGGGUCCGAGAGAAAGUUUUAAGGAGUAUGUGCAGAAGUGGAGGGAUUUAGCUGGCAUAGUUCAACCUCCUCUGGCUGACACAGAGCUAGUAGAUAUGUUCAUGGGUACUUUGACUGGUCCAUUUUAUAGUUAUUUGCUAGGAAGCUCAUCAGCUGGUUUUACUGACUUGAUAUUGACUGGAGAACGUGUCAAAAGUGGCAUUCGAAGCGGGAAAAUUCAGAUGGCAACUUCUUCUGGUGUUACAAAGAAGCCCUAUAGUGGAAGAACUGAAGCUAAUGUUGUACACGGUAAGAAGGUUCGCAAUAAAAAUGAUAAUAGCCAGUCUGUUGGAGCCGUCCUAAUCUCUACACCAACACCUCGACCAAAUCAACAGCAGGGAUACCAGCGUAGACAAGAUGCGCCUAGAAGGAAUUUCACCAAAAUCAACAUGCCACUAUCCCAAGCAUUACAAUACCUAUUAAAGGCGAGUUUGAUCACUGUGAGGGACCCUCCGAGGACCACUAAUACUACUGCUCCUGAAACUUCCAAUGUUAUCACUGCUCCUAUGCCGAAGCAUGACAAAGCAGUCAAUGUUGUUGACCAGGAUUCUUAUGUUACUGACGUAAUGAGCCUGACUACUCCGCUCCCAGUUAUCAAGAAAAAGUUGUUGCAAGCCGGUUUAUUUCCGGGUUGUGUUGAAGACUGUUACUACCGCUCGUCUCAAUCAAAUGGUUGCGUAAUGUUGAAGACUGGCAUUCAACGCUUGAUGGAUAAUAGAACGAUCUUGUUUGAAAGGAUGCCUUCUGUGGAAAAUUUGUGUGAAGAUCUAGCUCAGAAUUUGAAAUUCAAAGAUGUGUCUGUGAUCUCUAAGACUCCUGUAAGGAUUCCUACCAAGGGCCCCAGAAGGAUCACUUCUGAGCCCAAAGUAGCCCCCUUGAUCAUUACCAAACCUGGUCCAAUCCCGUACUCCUCCGACAAGGCUGUCCCCUGGAGCUAUGGCAAUGAUGUGUACAUCCAUGGUGCGGGGAAAGGGACCAUUGCUGGAACCAGUUCAGACACCAGUUAA